UGCUGUUACGUCCACAAUUUCCUCUUCCUUGGAACUGAUAGUAACGUUAUUGGAGUCCAGUUAUAUUAUUCUUUUAUUUCACGGUCUGUUUUUGCUCAUUAAGAGGAUUUCGAGUGUCUUUUAUGAGUAAUCAAAGGCAGCAGAAGCCUACGCUAACAGGCCAGCGUUUCAAGACCCGCAAAAGAGAUGAAAAGGAGAGAUUUGACCCUACCCACUUUCAGGAGAGCAUAGUACAAGGUCUGAACCAAUCUGGCACUGAUUUGGAAGCCGUCGCGAAGUUCCUCGAUGCCUCUGGUGCCAAGCUCGACUACCGACGCUAUGCUGAGACUCUGUUUGACAUCCUGGUGGCUGGUGGAAUGCUGGCCCCAGGCGGAACCUUGGCGGACGACCUGACCCGGACAGAGUUUUGCCUCUUCAAAGCACAAGAGGACAUGGAGACCAUGCAGGCAUAUGCCCAGGUCUUUAACAAGCUCAUCAGGCGUUACAAAUACUUGGAGAAAGGUUUCGAGGAGGAGAUUAAAAAGCUGCUGCUGUUUCUCAAGGGCUUCACCGAGUCUGAGCGCAACAAGCUAGCCAUGCUAACAGGAAUUCUGCUGGCCAAAAGCAAUCUGUCUGCAGCUAUUCUCAGCAGCCUCUUCAAUGAGAACCUGGUCAAAGAAGGUGUUUCUGCGUGCUUCGCUGUGAAACUCUUCAGAUCCUGGCUUACUGAGAAGGACAUCAACUCCGUUUCUGCCAGUCUCCGAAAGGUUGGCAUGGACAGCAGGCUCAUGGAGCUUUUCCCUGCCAACAAGCGCAGUUGCGAGUACUUCUCAAAGUACUUCUCCGACGUCGGCCUGAAGGAGCUUGCGGACCAUGCCAGAAACCAGCAGUCCAUUGGUGCUCGCAAGGAGCUUCAGAAGGAGCUUGAGGAGCAGAUGUCACGCGGCGACCCCCUCAAAGAUAUCAUCCUCUACGUCCGAGAGGAAAUCAAGAAGAACAACAUCUCCGAGCAGACGAUGAUUGGGCUGAUUUGGGCAAGUGUAAUGAGCUCUGUGGAGUGGAACAAGAAGGAGGAGCUGGUCACGGAACAAGCCAUCAAACUCUUAAAGCAAUACAGCCCACUGUUGAAGGCGUUUACCUCCCAGGGCCUCUCCGAGCUCACCCUCCUGCUGAAGAUCCAGGAGUACUGCUACGACAACAUCCACUUCAUGAACUCUUUCCAGAAAAUUGUGGUUCUGCUCUACAAAGCGGAUGUCUUGAGUGAGGAGGCAAUUCUGAAGUGGUACAACGAUGCCCACACUGCUAAAGGAAAAAGCGUUUUCCUUGAGCAGAUGAAAAAGUUUGUCGAAUGGCUCAAGAACGCAGAGGAAGAGUCCGAGUCUGAGGAAGAGGAGACCGACUGAUGACCUCUGGCUAAAACUACCAUCUUGAUUUGUAUUUUUACAUUAUCAUAGCACCAGAUGCAGUAGAGGGACUUAUUGCAGGAGUCUUGUCUGUAUUUAGUUUUUUCCUUCUUUAUUAAAUCCCUACCUCCUAAUAUCUAGUUCAACUGUAAUGUAAGGGCUUUAUUAUUGUUUUCAUUUUUUUUUUUAAUGUUUCCUGUCUCAAUCAAUACUCUUUGAAUUCCUUCAGGAGCCGUGCCGCAUUUCGCUAAAUUAAUCAAAACCCCUUUCCUGUGACAAAAGGGGACUUGUUUUUUUGGACACAGACGGUUCCCUGUAAAAUGAGCCAGUUUGGAGGCAUAUUUCACAGCUAUUGUCUUUGGUCAUGGAACUCUUGCUAGCCAGAGGUCCAUCUGUGUAGCCCUGAUAUUUGAGUCCUCUGAGGCAAACCGUUUUUGUAACCUCACUCUACAUUAUACUGCCAAUUAUGUGACUUUUCCCUGGCAGUUUUUAGAUUCUGUCUCCCCGUAAAUGGAGGUGUGCCAUGUUUUAAAAGCAAUGGUCACGGUUGCAAUGCCCCAUAAUAUGAACUUCAAUUUUGUUUUAUACAUCUUGUGUAACAACCAUGCAAGCAUUGUAUUUUUUUGUUUACCUUUACCAUACAGUUUGACUUUUUAAAUAAAGGGGAAUUAAUGGUU